AUGACUGGUAACGCUGAUUGGAAUGGAAAGUCUUCCCACCGUGGGACUCCUUCCAAGGAGCGGUCUGGACCUAGCGAAGCGCUCUUCAUUAUUGACAUCUUCAGAGUCGAUCCAGUCCUUCCAUCGACCAUCCGCAUGCCGAAAUACGUGUUAACAGGCGAAUCCACAAGAACUACAUACGAACCUGAUAUUCGCCUCGUCAUCUACGUGCCUGACCUGGAUCUGCCCGCACUUGUCACCCACGUGGAGUGUUUCCACAUGAACCCAUCAUACCACGAGGACCCUUCACUUUCAUCGUCCCUGCGUAAUAUCCAAUCGAGCAACACAUCUUUGCCAUUCCGUCUCAUCCCCGGACGAAGUCACCAAGACGAUGCUAUGAAGAUAAAUCAGCUCUGA